AUGACUGCAAGCGAUAAUCUCGAAGCUGAUCUGGACAGCAAGCGCCGGUCCAGCCAGUCCGAGCAGAUCCAGGAGCUCAGCCUGGAGGAGGCCGAAGCUGAGAAAAGACUCAUUCGAAAAAUCGAUAAACGACUUCUCGUGCCGACGGCCAUCAUCUAUUUGCUGUGCUAUCUCGACAGAUCCAACAUUGGAAAUGCCCGAAUCAUGAACUCCACUACGAAUGAUACCCUCAUGGACACAAACAACAUCACAAACCAUAACUAUACAAUCGCCAUGAUGCUGUUCCUCGUGGCAUACUCAAUAUUCGAGGCUCCCAGCAACUUGGCGCUGAAGCGGUUUCAACCCCAUCGAUGGCUUGGCUUCCUUGUCGUCGCAUUUGGAGCGUUUUGCACAGGCAUUGGCUUUACGCACACAUAUGCCGAAUUAGCCGUGCUUCGGUUCUUGCUCGGUGCGGCUGAGGCAGGAGUCUUCCCCGGCAUGAUCUUCUACUUCACCUUUUGGUAUAAGCCCGGAGAGCGUGCUAUUCGGAUUGCUAUUUUCCUCUGCAGUGCUACACUCUCGGGUGCAUUUGGAGGCGCUAUUGCGUAUGGUGUCGGCAGACUCAACGGCCGACAAGGGCUUGAAGGAUGGAGGUGGCUCUUCAUCAUCGAGGGGGUUCCAUCCAUCGCUGCCGGGAUCCUCGUCUUCUUCUUCAUGCCCAGCUAUCCCGAAAAAGCCGGCUGGCUGACACCGGAAGAGAAAGAGCUGUCGGCUCGCCGACUAGGAGCCCACCGUAGCGCGGGCUCCGACAAACUCAGCUGGGAAGACGCCAAAGCAACACUCACCGACCUCCGCAUGUAUAUGCACUACCUGACCUACCUUACCGUCGGCACUGGCGUCGCCUCGCUCGGAUACUUUGCUCCCACCAUCAUCGAGGGUCUUGGAUACAGUGAUCUCCGAGCGCAGCUCUUUACCGUCCCUCCGUACGGCAUCGCGUAUCCCGUCACUCUGUUGCUCGCCUGGCUCUCUGACCGCCUGAAGACACGCGGACUGAUCGCGACGUGCUCUUCUGGGGCUGCUUGUAUUGCGUUUAUCAUUCAGGCAUGCCUCCCCGCAGACGCAUUCACUGCCCGCUACGCCUUCCUGUGCAUCUCCACAAUCGGCGUCUUCGGCGGCCUCCCCUCGCUCAACGCCUGGGUCGGCGACAACGUGCGCAACACGACAGCUGCAUCGCUGACCAUUGCGCUGAAUAUCGCAUUCUCGGGGCCCGGUCAGAUUAUCGGGGUGUGGAUUUAUCGGGCUCAGGAUAAGCCUGCGUAUCGGUUGGGGCAUGGGGUUAAUGCGGCGAUGAGCUUUUGCUCGGCGUGUUUGGCGCUGGGGUUGACGGUUUAUUAUCGGAGACUGAAUCGGAAGAUGAAGGGGACGGAUCAGGUUCCUUGGGUUGCGUAG